AUGCUAUCUGGUCUGCAUACCGCAGGAACCGGUGGCGGUGCUACGCUUGCUGCGGCCCCAGGUCAGGACAGACAGUCUGAUAUCUUGGACUCCAAAGACAUUGUCAGGCUUGACAGCCGCCAGGAUGACAGCUCUGGUAACUCCACGUCUGCCUCGACCACUGCCGAUGAUGCCCAGCCUACCUCUGCGCUUGCCGGUACCACGGACGACGUGUCCAGCGCCACAGCCUCAAGCGAUGGUCAAGUUACCGCAUCCACAUCCACGUCUGAUCUUGCUACCUCUGACGUCGGGACCACCACGCAACCGUCCGCUACUUCGGACCUGUCUACCGACCCCGCGCCCACAACUACUGCCGACCUCGCGCCCACUACUACCACACAAGGUGAACAAUCUUCCACUCCCGAUGAGACUACAGCAGCACCUACCCUCACUGCCUCUUCCGAUGAUGCCGCUGCCACGUCUGAUGCCCCUUCCUCUUCCGAUGAUCCGUCCUCUUCCGAUACCCCAACCUCGACAGACGCCCCAGCGUCCUCUGCGGACCCGGAGCCAACUGCCACGAUCACGACCACCGAGGACGGUACGUCUACUACCACUUUCCACAAUCCAGAGAGCGGAUCGGAUUCCCCCACUUCCUUUGCCACGUCUGCCCCCGACCCUACCUCCACCGCCACCACUCAAGAUGCCCCUGAGCCCGAGACCACGGCCGCAUCCAGUGAGUCUCUGCCAGAAACUGCUUCUACUGCUCUGCACCCUUCCAGUGAAGCCGUGUCAUCCGUCGACUCUCCUUCCAGCUCCGACGUGGCCCAGGACGAUUCCUCCACCGUCACAAACUUUCCCGAACCCACUACGUCUGUGACAUCCGACGAGCCCCGACCGGAGGAGACGUCAGACGCCUCUGGAACUACGCAAGAUCCCUCUACAGAGGACGCAUCUACUUCUGCUGAAGAGAACACUGCCACUUCAACCCAAGGAGGCGAUGUGACCAAGACUCAAGACGCCAACCCUACUUCGACCGCAGGCGUCAACGACAGCUCCACUCCAGACGACAACACCACGACUGAUCAAACCAGGCCUAGUUCGACCCAGCAGACCAACCCAGCUUCGACCCGAGUCGACGGCACGACGAUAACCGAGACGGAGAAGCCCACGUCGACUGUGAACGGUGACGACGACUCUACCACUACCAAGACGGCGAGCGACGACACGCCCACUCGUACCUUGACAAACGACGACGACGACUCCUCCAGCUCUACUACCAGGGGAAAGGCUACCACUACAGAGGCGUCGUCGAGCGCCAUCGAGGAGCUCAUCACUUCGACUCUGCCGAAUGGUAGCACCAUGACCUCAACCUCGACUUCGUGGGUCGACGUCGACCCCACUUCCUCGCCUUCAGACUCGGGAUCCAGCGAUCCUGACCUGCAGAACUCGGCCAACGGGCUACUCCUGGGUCACCUGGUUCCCGGCCUCGUGGCUCUUGCUGCUGCCCUUGUACUGGCCGCUUAG